UGUCACUCCAGACCAGGGAGUGUAGGCCUCUAUCUAGGCUCUGUUUCCUCUCUGGGGACACCAGGUCCUAGGCAAGAGAACUCGGCAGGCUCUCCUCAUGGCAGUCUUAUUCCUCCUCCUUCUGUUCCUCUGUGGAUGCCCCCAGGCUGCUGCAGACAACAUCCAGGACAUCUAUUCAGCCUUGGGAGAAGCAGUGGAGCUGCCAUGUCCCUCACCACACACCCUGCAUGGGGAUGAACUCCUGUCCUGGUUCCGCAGCCCUGCAGCAGGCUCCUCUACUGCCCUGGUGGCCCAAGUCCAAGUGGCCAGGCCAGCCCCAGACCCUUGGAAGUCUGGAAGAGAAUCCAGGUUCAAACUGCUGGGGAACUACUCUUUGUGGCUGGAAGAGUCUAAGGAGGGAGACGCUGGGCGGUACUGGUGCGCUGUGCUGGGUCAGCGCCACAAGUACCAGAACUGGAGGGUGUACGAUGUCUCUGUGCUCAAAGGAUCCCAGUUAUCUGCAAGGGCUGCAGAUGGAUCCCCCUGUUCUGUCCUCCUGUGCUCUGUGGUCCCCGCCAGACGCCUGGACUCUGUGACCUGGCUGGAGGGGAAGGGUCCUGUGACGGGCCGUGUGCAGUCCUUCUGGAGUGAAGGGGCUGCCCUGCUCUUGGUGUGUCCUGGGGAGGGGCUUCCUGAGCCCAGGGGCUGGAGACCAAGGAUCAUCCGCUGCCUCUUGCCUCAGAACAAAGGGGUCAGCUUUAACCUGGCAGCCUCCCUGGAUGCCUCCCCUGCCCUCUGUGCCCCUUCCACAGGCUGGGAUGUGUCCUGGAUCCUGAUGCUGUUGCUCACAGCAGGCCAGGGGUUCACCAUCCUGGUCCUCAGUAUCAUGCUCUGGAGGCGGAGGAUCCAGGGGGCUCAGUGCAAAGGUGCCUCAAUUCCUCAGUUUGAACCUGAAAUCCAGGUCUAUGAGAACAUCCAUUUGACCCGUCUCAGCUCCAUGCUCCAGGGGAUCUCCAGCCCACCUUUACCCAGUGCCCCACAGAGGAACAGGAUUCAAGAGAAGGUGCUGGAGGACAGCAGUGGCAGAGGCCCUAGCAGCUCCUGCAAAGAGAUAGUGACCAUCUAUGGUGAGAGCAAAUUCUGUGGCUUCCUGGAGCACAAUUCCCAACCAGGCCUGGGACAGAGCAAGCUAUCUGGAAGUCCCUCAGGGCCCUUGACUCAUCACCACCCAGCCUGCAUGGCAGCCCAUCAUUGCAGUCAAGUGGAGUCAGUUGGAGAUGUGACUUACACAACCCACAGGGACUGCUGCGUUGGAGACCUGUGCAACAGCGCUGUGGCAAGAACUGUGGCCCCGGCCUGAAUCUUGGCUGCAGCAGCCACCACGUUGGCCUGGGUCUUACAAGGACUGUGGAGAGGGUAG